UGUAAUCUUAGCUAGUAUGUUCGCUCACGUAAACUUGUGGAGCAGUCAGCCCAGCUCGUACUGACGGCGCACGUACGCUCGGUCGCGUGCUCGAUCGCUUUUCACGGUAAACGUUCGUCGCGGCAGCACGUAGAUCCGAAUACGCCCGCCCGCCCAACGCGUUUCAAAAUUUACAGACGCUUCUUUACAAACUUUGAAAAGUGCACCAGCGGACUUUUAGUGUUUUAAGUGAUGACACUCAAAUAUUAACUAGUUUUAAAAGUGGAUUCCUUACAAGUUCUAGGAUUUCCCAGUGACGUGAUCUCAUUAAAAGUGGUGGCCCACACUGAUGGAGCUGGCGUGCAAGCCUGCGAGGCUGCGCGCUUGACUCCCGCCGGCGCCUGCGACAGCUUCGACAUGAACGAGAUGCCGGCCAGCGUGUACGCGGACCCGCGCAGGAUGCAGAUCUAUGCGCACGCGCAGCUACACCCGACGGAGCUGUCAAUACACGCGGUAUCAACCCACGAGCUGCUCAAGCCGAAAGAUGAGCCCACUUACAGCUUGGCUUCAUCUACCUUAUGUUCUGUCCUGCCUCAUACAGGUUCACCGUAUGACAGCCGGUUAUGCCUCCAGGACAAUGGCCCUGAUACCUCCAAUCCGACAAUCAAAGGUGAUGAGGAACUAUCACGGGUGUAUCAGACUCUAUCACUGCCGCCUAUAUCCAGGGACGAAAGCGCUAAUUCCAACAGCAACGAAACAAAGAUUAACCCAAAGUCUUCAGCGCCAGCCAGCCCCGGCAGCUCUUCCGAAAUGAAGCCUCAGUCCACCACACCGACGUCGCCAAACUUGGCCAAACCCCCAUACUCCUAUGUUGCGCUGAUAACCAUGGCUAUACAGCACAGUCAAACUAAACGUGCUACUUUGAGUGAGAUAUACUCUUAUAUCACUAAGGAAUUCCCAUACUAUGAGAAGAAUAAGAAAGGUUGGCAGAACUCUAUUAGGCAUAACCUGAGCUUGAAUGAAUGCUUCAUCAAGGUGCCGAGGGAAGGAGGUGGCGACAGGAAGGGGAACUAUUGGACUCUUGAUCCGCAAUGUGGCGAUAUGUUCGAGAACGGCAACUUUAGGCGGCGGCGGAGAAUGAAGAGACCCUUCCGUUCCACGCCCUAUUCAAAGGCGAUCUUCGGCGAUAGAUACCACAUGGUCCAGCAUCCUCACAUGCAGUCCAUUCAACUGGGCCCAAGGAAUUACUUCGGAUCCAGUUCCCCGUAUCCACCUUCAUACCCAAGAUAUGACACGCCGUGGCUAACCCAGUCGACAGCGGGUCUAACUUACAGCGGCGGGUGCGGCAAUAUGGGUCGCAGUCCACCAGGCUGCUCGCCCGCGUUGCCGCACCAGACGUCCCCAGUGAAUCCCUUCACCACACACCAGCUGCAAGGCCAGCUUCAAAACCAGUUGCAGACGAUGCAGCCGAUGGCAAUGAACUCUUACAAUGCUAUAAAUGUACCUUUAGAUGGAUCCUCCAGCCCGAAUUCCGUAUAUGCCGCUCCCGGUGGGUUUUCCCCUGGCCGGCACCAUGACCUCGUCUCAUCUUCCGACACGGCCGUAUCACGCUUCUCGUACUGGCCUGAUGGCGGAUCUCCAAGCCCCAACGCUGGCUACGUUCCAGCAAGCAGUUUCUCACCAUCUCGGCGACACGAUGCCGUCACUUCCUCGGAUGCUGCUGGUCGAUUUACAUUCUGGCCUGAAGUAGGCGUAAAAGAAGAGUCGUCUUCGAGCAUCAUUUCCAACGGGGCAUCCUACUCUAAAUGCUUCAUGUAAAGUCUUCAUGACUGGAGAAACCAGCCUAUAACUUGCAAAAUACUACGGACAUGACUACGCAAGAACACCAAAUAAAAAUAACUUUGACCUCGGUCCUGCGCAGUGGGUAAUUCUUCGACCAGCUGUCCAGGAUUAUUUUUACAUGACGACAACUCCACUAUAAAAAAUAUAAAAUUACAACUAUGGCGCAGCUUCAACAAGUUUUAUUACUAUGCGUUUCAACCAUCGAUGUAUUUCAACUGAGAAGAACACGGCAUAUUAUUAUUAUUAAUAUCUUUAUUUAUACACCACAGCGCAUUACAAAGAAUACAAACAUGUGGAAAAGAAAAAGAAGGAGGAAGUGGAAUACAAAAGGCGGCCUAAAGCGGAAUUUGUAUUACGAAAUUAGUGGCACGAAAUUAGUGUCACUAUCAAAUGCAUGCAUUACGAAAUUCGAUGUUUACACAUGCAAUUGAUAUUGAAAUUAAUGUCGUAACCCUAAUAUCGGCCACUAGUUUCGUAACGUAAAUUCCGCUUUAUCGCUGAAAGCUCAGCCGUUUAUUUCCACGCAUCUUUGUCAGUAAGGAAUUCAUCAAAGGAAUAAAUCAAUUUAAUAAGUGUGUUAUUAACACAAUGUCUAAAUUUGUUUAAUGGGCAAAUUAAAAAAUUCUUUCGGAACUAUAAUAGAAACGCAAUUAAUACUCAACCCCACGAUAGCAGAUGACAUAGUGGCGUUACCAGUUUAUCGCAGUUUCUAAUAAGUCGAGUCCUUGUAUACCUACCUACUUUUGACAAAAGCCGGCCGAGUAGAAUUGGACGCCAUGUAAACGGGCCAAUAAGCCCUAAUUCGCACGAGCGUUAUCAAAGCGUUGCGUUAAAACCCAACGUUGGCGGGUAUUAACAUUGUGAACAAAUACUUGGGAAUGCAUUUGUUCUUUUUGAACGUUUUAUUAACGGACGUUAAAAAAGCUCUCGUGCGAAUUAGCCCUUACUCUGUAAAAAAGUUAACCUCAAAUGAAGUCUUGGUGGUAAAAAGCUAUAGGUAUUUACGCGUUUACCCUGACGACGUUUUAACAUGUUUAUAUAAGUAUUUAGAGAUAAAUGAUAUUAUUGGGGACAAGUGUUGAAGAACUUUACUUAUUGUAGACACUUAAUAGAUAUUUGAUGUUGAAAUUAAUGUUUCUAAAUGUCCAAUAUUUAUACUAUAGAUUAUAGUUAGUUCAAAGAAAAUAUGCCACAUUUUGUACGCACUAAAACUCCACACGCACAUUACUUUGAAAAGUUAGUGGUCUCUACCCCCCUAGGAUUGAGCACCCGACCUCCCGAAAAGGAGUAGUAUUAACCACUAGGCUACCGCAGAUGAAAAAAGGGCACAUAUUAUAACUUUAGUUUAGUGAAAAACCUCAGAAUCGACACUAAUUAAUAAGUAUAUUGAUUAAGUAAUUUGGGUUAUUUUUGAGAUCGACAAGGAUAAAUUCCCAAGCGACUUGUAAAAAAAUGUUUUCUCCUGUGAUCUAAUCAAUUCUCAAAGAGCUCAAAAGAAUUUCCGAUCAAAACAUUAUUGCGUGAAUGAUUACAUUUAUUACAGUAAUUCAAUAAUAUUAUGAAUUGAAAAGUGUGCCAGUUUUUUGUUACUUCUAUACUAAAAAUUACAUAUUUGAACCUAAGAAAAAUGUAGAAUACCUUAAGGAUUAAACUAAAACUCCAUCUACGUGAAUGAAGUCACAGCUAUAGCUAGUUAAUUAACCACUAUCAGGAAUUUUACAUAGAGUGUGCUAAAAUAUUAAUAAAAAUGGCAAUAAAUAAUUAAAUUGGUCAGAUAAAUAUAGAAAAACUACCAACCCACCCCGGCUUCGCACGGGUAUGUA